UACUGACGCCACAGGAGAGGAAUAUGGAAAAGUUAACGUUGUUGGUUGAUCAGUUGUUGCAACAUGUUGACUCUUUAACUUCUAAAGUGGAAAUGUUAACCAGCAUUACGUCAUCCUCCCAGCCAUCUGGUAGUUGCAAUGGACUUAAUAACGUUACAUGCAAUAAUGCUAUUGAGGGUACGAACGAAAAAUCUGAUACUUUACUUAAUUUGAGCAUACAUACAGAUGUUAUGGAUCAUAACAGCAGGUCAGGAGCUCAACAGACUUAUGGGGCAUUAGAAGCGGAACGAACUGAACCCUUGGGGCUUAUUUGGAUUCCCACAUCAGGAGUUAGUAGUUGGCUGCAGGAGUGGCCAAUGCUAACGGAACCGACGACCAGUAAUCAAGGGGAACACCCGGCUGAGGGGUCAAUAAACCCGACUGUGGAUACUGCCACUGAAUUGAAGGAACUGGAUGCAAUUUUGGAUAUGACCUAAGUGCAGAAAAGUACCACUUGUAACAGAAGUUUAUCUGCAUCGUGUGAGAACAAAGUCACAUAAAAAGAGACAUAUUAAAAAUUAUGGAAAACAAGCCACAAAUUAUUAUUAUAGGGGCUGGCAUUGCAGGUCUGGCAGCUGCUUCCAGCUUGAUAAAACAUGGUUUAGAAAACAUCUUAAUACUUGAGGCCAUGGCUAGAGUUGGUGGGAGGAUUCAUACAAUGAGACCAUUUGGAGAAAAUGUGAUUGAACUAGGUGCAAACUGGAUCCAUGGCCAGAAAGGGAACCCCGUUUAUACCAUGGCAAAAAAGCACAGAUUAUUAUCAGAUGAAGGGACAUGUUCCAAAAAGUGCUUAUCAGCUUCAGUGACCAAACAUGACUACUUUUUCAAUGAAAAGGGGGAAAUAAUUCCAAACAAAACAGCGGAUGAUGUAUAUGAUUAUUUUAAAGAGGUUGUGGAUGAAGCUGUUGAUGAAAAGUCUGAUUCCCAGUUCAGUUUUUCAAGUGUUGGAGACUACCUUGAUAAAGAGUUCAGCUCGUCAGUUUUUGCAGGUUCAGAUGGUGCCUCUGCUGUGUUUGAGUGGUGCAAAAGAGCUGAGUGUUUAGAUGUGGCAUGCACCUCAAUGUAUGAGUGCGCAUUGUGGCAACCUGGAUCUUACAUAGAUUUAGAAGGAGAAUAUUUUAACUGCCUUGGGCCUGGGGGAUACCAAGCCAUCUUAGACAUUCUGAUGAAAAAUAUUCCAUCGGAGACAAUUAUUUGCAGUAAGCCUGUCCAUUGUAUCCAUUGGGAGUCAUCGUCUAAACCUACUUCUUCCAGUUUCAGCCAACCUGUGAAGGUUGUAUGUGCAGAUGGAGAUGAAUUUAUUGCAGAUCACAUAGUUAUCACAGUAUCCCUUGGCUACCUCAAAAAAGAAUCCAUGAAAAUGUUUGACCCUACCCUACCAGAAGAAAAGCUUAAUGCUAUAGAAAGGCUGAGCUUUGGGACAGUGAAUAAGAUAUUCCUGGAAUUUGAGGAACGAUUCUGGCCAACAGACUGUGAAGGAAUACAAUUAGUCUGGGAGAAAGGGUUUGAACAUAAAGAGAUUUAUGACAUUCUAAAGAAUACUGAGGAGUGGAAAAAAGAGUGGUAUAAAAAACUUUGUGGAUUUGAAACUGUGUCCUGUCAUGAUAAUGUGCUUUGUGGAUGGAUCGCGGGACGAGAAGCUGAAUAUAUGGAAGAACUCUCUGAAGAAGAAGUUGGGAAUGUCUGUGUCAGGUUGUUAAGGGACUUCACUGGCUGGAAGGUGACCAACCUCAGAAAGGUCUUGAGGUCAGGCUGGCAUGUAAACCCUUAUGUACUGGGUUCCUAUUCUUACAUUCCUAUUGGGGUUGAUGCCGUCAGAGAGCAAGAGAUUUUGGCAAAGCCAUUGCCUUUUACAGAUGGAAGUACAAAUGUGAAGCCCUUGCAGGUGCUGUUUGCUGGCGAAGCCACACACACAAAUUAUUACACGACUACCCAUGGAGCAUACCUCAGUGGUACAAGAGAGGCAAAGCGACUCCUGAAUCUUUACAAGCAAAGCAAGCCACAUUAAUUUUGUAAAGUGUUACUUCUUCAUAAUUCUUACUAGUAUCUGAAUAUACAUAGUCUAAAUAAUUAAAAAUAAGGCCUGUAACACAAAUGGGUUCAAAGAUAACCACAGAAAAGGUGAGUGUUACAGAAAUUGUGCCUUUUUAAACUGUGUACCAAACAGCUAAUGAAAAUAUUCAAAUGCUACUAGUUGAAAGACGUCACCUAAUGAAGUGGUGAAAAUCAGUACUAGGUGGUCAGUUGUGAAAUUUUAUUUGCAGAUCAUAAAAUUACUUUUAUAGAAAAUAUUGACACUUCUGAUGAGUAAUUGGUAUAUUUUUAGCAGGUGAUUGAGUAAAUUGUAUAUUUUUAGUAGGUGAUUAAUUAAGUGCAUAAGAACAAACAUAACAUUUAGAGAGUGUGAGCACAAAAUAUCUGUCUGUCCCAGCAAACAUUAAUGUUUCUUUGCGCAGUAACUCUGACAUUAAUACUCAUAAGAACAUAUGUCUCAGAAUUGUUGGAAUAUUCUGAUUAUCUUACAUCUUUCAUUUAAGUAGAAUAUUGUCUAUUUCUUCUGCCAGCCAAUUUAAUACUCUAUUUUGCUAACAAUUAAAAUUGACAGACUAGAAGACCUGUCGUUCUGUGUGGUGUUAUUUCAAACUAAGGUGUAAACAACUAUUUUUAAUUCUUGUAUGUACCACUAAAUGCAAUUAAUAUUGUCAAUGUAUUGCUACUUGAACUGCUGUCAUUGCAUUACUAUUUUUAUUCUAUACUCUGGGUAAUUUAUAUAGAAUCCAGUAAACUAAGAUGUGUGUCAGAUCAUGUGAAGUAUGGAAAACUCUUGUAAUAGUCAAUGACUUUUUAUGUUUCAUAAAUAUUGUACUAAUUCCACUAUGUACUGCAUAGGGUACACUUUUAUUACAUAUGAAAAAAUGAGUUUAGUGUUGAGCUGCUGGUUAGAGCAUCUGUAUUCUUUCAGGCAUCAUAUAUACAAUUUAUAUGGAGUUGGGUAUUUGAUGUUACCUUUAUUUGUAUUCUGGAUUCAUUAGUAAUGGUUAGCCAAUUAAAAGUAAUCAUGGAGACCCCUGUAAAAUAAGAGUGAUCAUGGAUAAACCUGUAUAUUAAAAAUAAUCAUGGAGAACCCUGUAUAAUAAAAGUAACCAUGGAUAAACCUGUAUAAUAAAAGUAAUUAUGCAAAACCCUGUAUAAUGCGAGAGAGCAUAAUGAACAUGCCUAACAUGAGAUGUUUUUUUGUACCAGGUAAGAAUAAGCCAUGUUACUUCUUACAAUCUACAGAUCUCGUGUUCAGGGUGUUACUGGCGGACAAACAUAGCUAAGAGGUCAACAAUCAUUCUGAAUGUAAAAAAAAUAAAUAAAACUGGUGGAUGUCUGCUCCAGCAGGCAUAUCUAUUGAGGCAGAAUAUUAAGGCAGCGAUAUUUGAGAUAAGGCCUGUAACAAAAAUGUUUCAGACAAUCAGUUUACAAGUAAGAGGGAUACGGGUUUCAAAUUAUCACUAGUCAAGCAUGAGGAGUUGUGUGCUGAUAGCAGUGAUACUGGUGUGUUACAGUCCAGAUGAGGCAACAUUCUGUCAUCUUAUUCAUCUAGUAACUUGCUAAGUUGUUUAAUUAGUGUUUUAAUUGACUAAGUAGGUAGGGGAUAUAAGGCUUUUUAUUGAAUGCUAAAGCAUCACACCAUGUAACUCCACCCUGAGAAAGAUUACAUCUUGCAAUACCAUCUUUCACUUUGAAAACAUUUAUAAGCUUUUUUCGCAUGAGGAUGAGCCAC